AUGCCGGCCUCGCCGCAGUUCCCGGUGCUCGACACCGACCCGCACUUCCGCCGCGUCGUCUCGUACAUGCGCCCCAGCGAUCACCUCGUCUGGGCCGGCGCCGCGGGCGCGUUCCCCGGCGCCAUCUACGCCAUGGAGAUGUUCGACCCCACGCGCCCGGCGCGCGGCUCGCGCAGCGUCCUGCGCCUCGCCACACUGCUCGGUGUCGGCGGUGGCUUCCUGCUGGCGUACCAGCGCAGCAGCUUCCGCCUGUGGGGCUUCACUGAGAAUGCGCCGGAGGCAGCACGCGCAGAGGAGGAGGGCGCCUCGGCCGCGGGCCUGGACCCGUCCAAGUCCGGCCUGGACCCGUACCUGCGCGGCGUGGCGCACCGGAACUCGGCAUGGAGCCAGCUGAAGUUCAGCGUGCUGCCGUGGUUCAACGUCGUCAACCACGAGCACCACGGCGAGGCGGCGGCGAAGGUUAUGGCAGAGGCGAAGCAAGGGGCCGACGACGAGUAGAUCACAGGUGCAAUGCUCAGUGGAUAAGA